AGCGAAUCUGCCCGGAUAUGAAUUCUGGAUAAAGAUACACACACCAUGAGCAGAUUGACGCGCCCGAAUCGCCCAGGACAACUUUCAUCGCAUCCAAACACCUUCCUGCCACUUAUCUGAUUAUCUCAUCAUAUUGAUUUCUUGGCGCGCUACGUCCACCCGAGUUCCGAGCAUGAGUAGCUUAAUGGCGAGCUUCCCUGCUCGAAUAGUUUCCACGCGCCGCCUCGUAGGCUUCGGAAGACAUUGUCCACUUCAACGAUGUAUUGAAAGAUGCGUCACCGUUCUACCCAGUACUAGACACAGAGCUCCAAGAAUCGUGUGCAUGGCGGAACCUUAUUUGAUAACGAAGCUGGAAUCCGCUGAGAAGACAUGGAAAGAAUUAUCGGUCAAGCUUGCCGACCCGGACAUCGUAUCGAAUCCAAGUGAAUACCAAAAAUUAGCACAGUCAAUGGCUGAACUUGAUGAGGUCGUUGCAACUUACAAGGGAUUUAAGGAAUGUGAGAAGCUGCUAGAAGAGACCAAAGCUUUAGCUAAGGAGGAUGGCAACGAUGAAGAUAUGGCAGAAAUGAUAAGUUAUGAAAUUGAGAGUCUUUCCAGGCAAAUGGCAGAGCUCGAGGAGAAGCUUAAGAUGCUGCUGCUUCCCAGUGAUCCUUUGGAUGCAAGAAAUAUUAUGCUUGAAGUACGAGCAGGAACUGGUGGUGAUGAGGCUGGAAUAUGGGCUGGUGAUCUUGUCCGAAUGUAUCAAAAAUAUUGUGAGCUGAACUCAUGGAAGUAUUCUCCUGUCUCAAGCUCUGAGGCUGAAAAAGGAGGAUUCAAAACAUUUGUGAUGGAAGUCAAAGGUAAACGUGUUUACAGUAAAUUAAAAUAUGAGUCAGGUGUCCACCGAGUUCAACGUGUUCCUCAAACAGAAGCACAGGGCCGUGUACAUACGUCUACUGCAACAGUAGCUAUCAUGCCAGAGGCGGAUGAAGUAGAAGUGGUAAUUGACCCAAAAGAUAUUGAACUUACAACUGCACGUUCCGGGGGCGCUGGAGGGCAAAAUGUUAAUAAGGUGGAGACAGCUGUGGAUCUUUUCCAUAAACCUACAGGCAUCCGAAUCUUUUGUACUGAAGAAAGAACUCAACUUCAGAACAAGAAUCGAGCUUUUCAGUUGCUCAGAGCAAAGCUAUAUGAGAUGAAGGUUCGGGAGCAGCAAGAGUCGAUAAGAAAUGAAAGGAAAUCCCAGGUUGGUACGGGUGCCCGGGCAGAAAAAAUUCGGACUUAUAAUUAUAAGGACAACAGGGUAACUGACCACAGACUGAAGGUCAACUUUGAGCUCACCUCUUUUCUUGAUGGUGAUAUAGAAAAUGCUGUUCAGUCUUGCGCUGCAAUGGAGCAAAAAACUCUGGAAGAACUUGCUGAUCAUGGUGCACAGGAUAUGCAGUUUUGACAAAAUACUGGUCACGGAUGGAAGAUCUGCUUUAUAGCUCUCCUCGUUUAAAUGAGUCUCACCAUCUCAAGUUUGCAACGUGUUGAGUUGAUCAUUCAUGUGUAGAUAAGAGGCACAUUUUACUUUUAGCAAUUUUGAAUACAAGACCCCACAUUCAUGUGAUGAACUGACGUCUGUAUCAUCGUGUAAAGUGACGCUAUUGACAGUUGAACUUUGGUGCUCA